AUGGGCACUAAGGUGCAUCUGAGUACAGCUUAUCAUCCGCAGACAGAUGGUCAGUCAGAGAGGACUAUUCAGACUUUGGAGGAUUUGCUGAGGAUGUGUGUGUUGGAUUGGGGUGGCCAUUGGGCAGAUCACCUGAGCUUAGUUGAGUUUGCAUACAACAACAGCUUUCAGGCGAGUAUUGGCAUGGCUCCAUUUGAGGCUUUGUAUGGGAGGCCAUGUAGGACACCCCUAUGCUGGACCCAAGUGGGGGAGCGCAGCAUGUAUGGAGCUACUUAUGUUCAGGAGACGACAGAGAAGGUUCGUGUUGUGAGGCUGAACAUGAAGGAGGCUCAGGAUAGGCAGAAGAGUUAUGCAGAUAGACGCAGACGAGAGCUUGAGUUUCAGGUUGGAGAUAGAGUUUAUCUCAAGAUGGCUAUGUUGAGGGGUCCUAACAGAUCCAUAGCAGAGAACAAGCUGAGUCCGCGAUUUAUGGGUCCGUUUCCAGUAGUGGAGCGAGUUGGGCCAUUGGCUUACAGGCUGGAGUUGCCUGAGAUUAUGAAAGCCUUUCACAAGGUUUUUCAUGUGUCGAUGCUGAGGAAGUGUCUUCACCCUACAGAGGAGUUAGUGGCUAGGAUUCCAGAGGAUCUUCAGCCAGAUUUGACAGUGCCGGCAGUGCCUAUGAGGAUUUUAGAGAGGAGGGAAAAGGUUCUGAGGAACAAGAGGAUUCCCUUACUGAGGAUUUUGUGGGAUUGCAGUGGUUCUACAGAGGAGACUUGGGAGCCAGAGGCAAAGAUGAAGUUGAAGUUCAGGAAGUGGUUCGACAAGCAGGUCGAGGAGUGA